ACCAUGGUCAGUACGCUGAGAGGCAGUGAACAGCAGAGGUCUAACGAUAGCUCAGCUACUCAUUAGGACAGAGAGACACUGGAGUGAGAAGACGUUUUGCGGUGGACAUUUCUGAAAGCAAAUGUUAACUUUCGGAUAGUACGGUUUGCUAGACUGUCUAGCGUUUCGCGGGGCUAGCUUUCAGUUUACUUGCUGGUGCUCUGCGGUGGAAAUAGCAAAAAUGUCGUCUCCAAGUCCGGGUAAAAGGCGAAUGGAUACCGAUGUGGUGAAACUCAUUGAGAGCAAGCAUGAAGUCACCAUCCUCAGCGGACUCAAUGAAUUUGUAGUGAAGUUUUUCGGACCACAAGGAACGCCGUACGAGGGAGGUGUGUGGAAGGUGCGAGUAGAUCUUCCUGACAAAUACCCUUUCAAAUCGCCAUCAAUAGGAUUCAUGAACAAGAUUUUUCAUCCCAACAUUGACGAAGCGUCAGGGACAGUGUGCUUAGAUGUCAUCAACCAGACAUGGACAGCCCUUUAUGAUCUGACCAACAUCUUUGAGUCGUUCCUGCCCCAGCUGCUGGCUUACCCAAACCCCAUCGACCCCCUGAAUGGAGAUGCAGCUGCCAUGUACCUUCAUCGGCCAGAGGAGUACAAGCAGAAAAUCAAAGAGUACAUCCAGAAAUAUGCAACAGAGGAGGCUCUGAAGGAGCAGGAAGAGGGGGCAGGCGACUCUUCAUCUGAAAGCUCCAUGUCUGAUUUCUCAGAAGACGAGGCCCAGGACAUGGAGUUGUAGUGAUAGGAGGGCUCCCCCAUCCCGCCCCCUCCUUUAACCCCCACAGAGACUAUAUUUGAUUUCCUAACCAUGAGAAAGCAGACUUAUAAUAUUCAUAUUUAAACAAGUUGAUUUUUUUAUUAUUAUUAUUACUACUAAACAAGGAUUUUUAUGGAUAUCUAGCCUUUGGUGUGUUUGACACCCCUCCCAUUCUGUAGCUGUUUCUCCCUACACAGAUGUCGCGAUUGCUUUCACAGUCUCUCUCCAUCAUCUCCGCAUUUUACGGUGUGUCAUGUAGACGUAGGCAGGAAAUGGCCCCAUGAACAUCUCAUUUCUUUACUCAAAUUUCACUUUUUAUAAUAUAGCUUUCUAGUUUGACCUGAAUCCUGAUUCCCUCUAUUUUUCCACAUGGCUAAUUGAUUCUGACCAACAUUUUGUUAGUCACUCCACUUUAGAGCUGCUUAGGUCUUGCUUGCCUGGGCGCGCGCAGCUUCACGAUAUUAACCUGUAGUCAAGACAGUAUUUUUAAGGCGCACAAUCGCACACGAGGUGUCUUAGCACACUGUACAGAAAAAAAAAAAAAGAGUAGUGCCAAUAGACACUCAUAAAUCAACCCUGAAUGCUUCCUAAGCGUAUCUUUUUCAACAUAUUGUUUGAGACAUGUCAGCAAAAGAGUUUCAAGUUUGGAUGUUACCUAGACAUGUUACUUAACUUUUUGUUACUCUUUGUCAACCUGCUGCAGCUACCUGUCUACGUGUGCCGCUGUGCAGUGCGAAAUAAAUUCUUACUAAGGUCAAGUCUUGGAAAACAUUAAUGAAACACAUGUCUCAAUACAGGGGCGAGUGACAAUGUGGUGACAGAGACAAGUUGGGUGCUUUUUAGGUGUUGAUUUGUGCAAUGUACACCAGCUGCAUGAUCUGUAUGGCAAAGGCAAUGAAGACAAAAGCAGCUUUACUCAAAUGCAUUCGUGGAGAUUCUGGUCAGACUCACUUGGUACCAUGGGGAAUAGGGCAGAGCUACCCUUUUAACCAUCUGACCAUGUAUGGAUUUCAUGUUUCAUGCUGAUCGCACUAGUUUUUGGUCAGGAGGCACCUGUAACACUUGAUGCCACUGUCUCACAAUCACCUGUACCUCUGCAAAUUUAUAUUGAUAUUAAUGGCCAAGAGCAACUUUCCAGGUAUAGAAAGAAUGUAAUUAACACCUAUUCUGGUGAAUUUAGAAAACCAGCACCAAUUUAAUUUCAGUUAAAAGCAACAAAACUGGUCAGAUGGUUAUGAAGUGGAUCUGAGGGGAAAAUGUGAUUUUAUUGAGGAUUCAGGUUUGUGUAGUAUCGGUCCUCAUCACAUUCCACUGUUAACUGGAGUUCGCUCCAAUGCAUGCCCUUCAUAUUGGUCUAACCUGUGGUAUGUUAUCCCGACUGCAUCAACUGGACUCCCACACUUUGUCUGCCUACCAGGAUGUUUCUGUUUGGAUCACUAGUUUUAAAGAAGAUUACAGAAUAAGAGCUCAAUUUACGAACCUUUAGGCUUGUAGCAAUUUUUCGUUUGAUGGGAAUUAAUUUCACAUUAAUUUCAUAUGUACAGAUUUGACCUCUUACCCAAACUGGCGUGAUUCAAUGUGGCGAGUUGAGAUGUAAAUCCGUGAUGGUUGGAGAGUGCAAUCACAGCUUUGAUUUUUGCCUGUUUUGUUUUUUUUCUCCUUUUAUUUCUUGUACAUUUUUCUUGCCCGAUGGGGGGGUCAACGCGUGUGGAUUCUUUUUUUUUUAUGUACAGCAUCUACCUUGUACAGUGAUAAGACACCUCUUUGUAGCCUCAUGAAAACUCAGUGUUGAACCCAAAACACUGACAGAGUGUUGCUUGUCGAGGCUAACGUGGCAGUCAAACUACCUAGAAAACCUUGAAAUGUAUUCACUUCAUAGAUCGCAGUAGGAAUCACUGGUUGCUAUGUGGCAGAUUGUGGAUCCUGAAUGGGAGAUUCAAGGCUGAAUCCUACUCAGGAGGUCACCUUAAAACUUCUGAUCUCGACUCUUCUGUGCCUCAUCACAAAAGGAAGGUGAACUUUGAAGAAAAUCCCCAAAAACCAUGUUUCCAAAAAGCCAUGAAAGUCAAACGUGACUAGAAAAGCACAUUGUUUUUACUCAUCCUACUUUUAUUCCCCUCUUCCUGAAAUUUGAUCUUGUGCAAUUAGUGAUAUGACAUCUAAAUUUUCACUCUGUGUUACAGAUAAGGGGAGCGACCCAGGGCUGAGUGGCGUUGGGUUUAUUUGAGCUAAUGUAGGAUUGUUAGACUUUUAUGGCUCAGGUUUGAAAUACAGUUUGGUUGUAUCUUGCAUUGUGAGUAACAUUUUCACUCUGGACAUAUUGAAAGGAUGGAAAUCAUGCUAAUAUUUGUUGAGCUGUGUUUUUGACAUGUCAGGAUAGUUAGUUUUGCUGGGUGUUGACUUCAACUAAACAACAUUACUAUAUGGCUGUAUUACAGAUAGUUAGAUAGUUUCGUAUACUUACCUGAUAAAGCAUUCAUUGCUCACCUGAUUUUUAGUUAGUGUCUGUUGUGUGGUUAUAUGUAAGAUACUCCAUAGACAUGCCUGCUUGUCCUCUUCUUGCAGAUUCAGAGUUGUACAGAUGAGUGCGAGUGAUUUCAAACUAUGGUGACGUUUGACCUGUAGUGAGCCUGAUAGAUCUAACUGUACAGGAAUCAAAAAGUGUGAUCCAGCCCUUUUCAAGACAUUGGACGUUCUCUAAAAAAAAAAGAUGAUUUAAAACCCAAUUCAAGCCCAAAAUGAUCUCCAUGUUUGAAUGCAGAUUUAGAACACACAACACUCCCUUAAUUUGUUUUUAAUUUCCAAUAUUUAUCUGAUGUUUGAUUGUUUAAAGCUAUGGGAUAAUAAUUUCUCUCAUCCAGCCCCGGGGGAAGUUUUGAAUGUUAGCUCGGGGGUUAGCUUCCAGCAGGACUCAGCCAUUUUAACUGUUGCAGAGCUAACGUUUUGUGAUAUUCAACAUGUUGAAGGCAGUAUAAAGCUAU